CUCACUGUAAAAAUACAUUGUAUAACUGGUCUUUGGACAAAAUUAUGCCCUAAAUUAAUGAGACAUUUUAGAUUGAGCAUUUUACCGUACCACUGGGCUUAAUCAUUUUUGUUUCAGCCUCCGUGCCGGCCUUCUCGUAAGCUUAUCUCUCUGUGUGAUGUGCAGUGAAGACGGAAGGAUUUCGUUUACCGAGUUUAAUGACGAGUUAGAUGACUUUGUACAAAAAUCAAAGGCUCUUGGAGAUCACUGGGAGGUGAGGCUAGAGUCAGAAUAUCACCAGUUUGGCCCAGGUCAUGAUAAAGCCAAGUAUUUGGUGAAGCAUUGUUUCCGGGAAGUUUUAGCUAACAUUGUACAAGUGAAGGAUAAUUGCCAAGACAGUAAAUAUGAUACGCUUUCAAGUACUGACAAGGAUGAUUGUGAAGCUGUGAGAGAUAACAGCAACAAUAACUAUCUCAAAUAUGAAUAUCAUGUAACAUACAGUCCAAGCUAUGGUGUACCAGUCUUGUACUUCAUUACAUACACACAAGAUGGUUGCCCUCUUGGCCUACAAGAUGUGUGGUCAGCAAUACCACAUGUAUACCAACAGCGUCUCCAGGCAGAAAGAUGGACAUUCCUUACCCAACAGGAACAUCCCUUCCUUGGGAAGCCAUUUUUUCAGCUGCAUCCUUGUCACACUGCUGAUAUGAUGAAGUGCAUUCUUAUGAGGGCCAGUGAUGAAUCCUCACUAACGACAAGAAGGAAAACAAACUAUCUAGUCACUUGGCUGAGCAGUGUUGGACCUGUUGUUGGGCUUGAAUUGCCGUUAGCAUAUGGCACAUGAUUAACAUUGUCUCAAGCAUUUGUAGAUCAUUCUGAGGAUUCUUUUUGCUGGCCAGCAUUUAUUGACAAUGCAUGAGCAUAUUUUGAAAGGUGAUUAUGCAACAAUUGCCACAACUAAAAUUUCUGUGGUAAAGCAUCCAGGCAUUAUGACCCGGGGGUGGGACUCCCUAAUAUCAAAGGGCGGGGGUCCUCGGUGGAAAUUAUGAAAAUGACCUCUAAGAGGGACCUGUAUUUGGAGAUGAUGGGCGWGGYMGWGCUGAAAUUUCAUCCMUAAAAGRGACCAAUAAUCUCGUCUAUUAAGGAGUGUUAAGUGACAAGACGUGAAAUUGAUUAAAAUAAAAUCAAUCAUUUAACUCAGCUGUGGUUUUUGAUCUCAUAAUGACGGUUAAGGGACGUCAUAUACCCUAAAAGGGACCACAAAACUCAGUUGGUGGGAAUUCUCGUCAUUAUCRCCCUAAGYGGGACCAAAAUACCGAUUUCAAACCCUAAAAGGGACACCGAGGACCCCGCCCUUUGAUUGCCCAACAAUCAAACUGCAAAAUUUGCUAGGCUGUACGUGUAACUAAUCUGACAACCCAAAAAACGUAUGAAGUCAGGAUUCAUACUUUGAACUUUUUGCAUUGCGUUAUAGUUUACAUUCGGUACAUCUUGCGGCCAGAUAUAUAGUGCAGUUUGUACUGAAGCAGCAAUGCAUCAUGAUAACAAAGCUUUUUACAAACAAAGUUAAUUUAUUUUGCAGUCAUCCUUAUGUACAUAGAUCCUGUGAGUACAAUUUCUGAUUACAAUCCAUCAAUAAAACCAUAUUAUACAAACCA